GUGGAGCACGUUCGCAUCUGUCAACUCGGCGAGCGAGCCCCGGUCGUCGUAAACAAACUUGACAUACACGCGAAACGGGAAGGAAAAAUAAAACAACUCGCUCGCUGCUCUGACGCCCGCCGCGCUUUGUGUCGUGCUCAGCAAAGUUUUGCCAAAUUUUCGUGCCCUUUCGCGUGCUAACGGUUUGAAAAAUGUUCAAAAACACUUUUCAGUCCGGUUUCCUCUCGAUACUGUACAGCAUAGGCAGCAAGCCGCUCCAAAUUUGGGAUAAAAAGGUUCGCAAUGGACACAUCAAGCGCAUCACGGACCAGGACAUACAGUCGUUGGUGCUGGAAAUCAUUGGCACCAACGUGAGCACCACGUACAUCACCUGUCCGGCCGAUCCGAAGAAGACGCUCGGCAUCAAGCUUCCCUUCCUGGUGAUGAUAAUAAAGAAUCUAAAGAAGUACUUCACGUUCGAGGUGCAGGUAUUGGACGAUAAAAACGUUCGCCGCCGGUUUCGUGCCAGCAACUAUCAGUCGACGACGCGCGUUAAACCCUUCAUCUGUACCAUGCCGAUGCGGUUGGACGAGGGCUGGAAUCAGAUCCAGUUCAAUCUGUCUGAUUUUACCCGCCGCGCCUACGGUACCAACUACGUGGAAACGUUGCGCGUGCAGAUACACGCCAACUGCCGAAUACGCCGCGUGUACUUCUCCGACCGGCUGUACUCGGAGGAUGAGCUGCCAGCGGAAUUCAAACUGUUCCUGCCGAUACAGAAGCCACAGUCGAAAGCGAUUGCCCAGCAGGCCUGCUAACACAGACGCACAGACAGCGAGAUACAUUCGGAGGAGAGUGUGUAUUUUAGGUUAAGACGCAGGAGUGUGUUCAUAACAUAUUUGCGUAGGACGAUGCCGUUUGCAGUUGAUUGCACAUUAUCGAGAGCGUGUGAGUUUAGUUAACCUUUAGGCUAAGUCUUUCACACACAUACAAACAAAACAUGUUGGCAGAUGGAAAAUUAUAAAAAAGUGUCCUUAAACUAUGAUCCAAAGCUUAGUGUACCGCGCACAGCAUCCACCUUCCGCUGCUGUGCGCCUUUAUGAUUUGCUUGCUAAAUAACACACCCCAAACCCAAUAGUUUCGAUGUAAAGGAUGUGUUUUGGGAAACUGCGAAACGAAACACCUGCACAAGUACGCACAUAUCGUAAAAUCGUGCUCGUAGUGUGAGUGAGUCACACAAAUGUAGGUUUAGUUAAUGUUUGAUUACCGCAACUGCCAUGCUUUUUAAUUUAUUCUGUGAAUUAAACAAACGAUUGAAUAAUAAAACCAGGUGGCGCUCUUUGCUCAAGUUUUGAAUAAA